AUGGAUAACGAUCUCAUUUCCAAUUGUCAUAUACUGCCAUUAAAUAUCGAUGACCAUCAAGUCGAUUCAGAUUCUGAUUCAGAGAAUAGUUCAAUUGAUUCUGAUAUUGAAGUUGACGAUAGUGAACAGGUGAAUGACGAUUUUAUUCGACUAAAUCUUAGUACCGACGACAACAAUAGUGAAGAUGAAGUUGAAAGUUUAACAUAUUCUUCUGACCACGAAGAAGUUAUCUAUCUUCAAACAGCAAAUACUUCUUCAACAUUAACAACAACAACAACAAAUAAUUCAUCAGCAACACCAACGACAACAAAUUCUACUCAUCAUAAACGUCGACAAUGGACUCUGAAAGAGAAAAUGAAGAUCCUUUCUGAACAUAAUAAAGGUGCUUCAUUACACAACCUGGAAUUGAAGUACAAAUGUACAAGAAAAAUGAUACGUCAAUGGAAGAAGAACGAGAGCAAAUUAAUCAAACUAUUGAAAGAAAAAGGUACUAAAAGUAAAAAACGUAAAAGAAUCGGUGGUGCCGGUGCUAAAUUGCUCUAUCCUGAUUUGGAUGAACAUCUUAUCCAAUGGUAUCGGUCAAAACGUGGUUUGGAUCAAGAAGGUAUUCAGGUUCACAAAGAAAAGGUAACAUUCAAAGGUAUGGUACGACAGGGACAAAGAUUUUCUGCUGAAACAAAAAGUAAAGAACCAUCAAAAAACUGGUAUACAAGAUUUCUGAAAAGACAUCGAUUGUCUUUGCAGAAACCUGUGAGGAAGCAAAAAAUCUCAGUGACUGAAGCUCAAGUGUUAAUUGAAAAUUUUCAUCGUUUUAUACGAAAAGCUAGUCAUUUAGGUUCACGACGUGGUUGUAUGGGUUGUUUUACGGAAUCUGAUGUAUGUAAUAUGGAUGAGUCGCCGUUAAAUUUAUGGGGCGAUCAAUCCAAACGUUGUAUUAAUGAUGUCAACUCCAAAAAUGAAAUCGAGGGUCAUCUCGAUGAUAAACGUUUUGCAACAGUAAUUUUAUGUGUAUUUCCAGAAGGUAAUCAUCGAAUCAAACCUGUUCUUUUAUUUAAAGGUACAGGGAAAGUUGCUGUCAAAGAAGAACAACAUUAUUCGUCACAUGUCAAAGUACUUUUUACUCCUAAAUCGGUUAUUAACACACCAACUAUGGAAAAAUACAUAAAUUGGUGGUUACAAAAAGUCAAAGACGGUAACCGUAAACUUUUUAUUGCAGAUAGUUGUAGUAGUCAUUUGAACGAUAAUUUAAGAAAAAGAAUGCGUGAUAAUGGUGUAUGUUUAGCAAUUAUUCCAAAAGGCUGUACACAAUACAUACAAUUAUUGGACGUACAUGUUUUUUCUGCUUUCAAAAAUCACUAUUACGAUUGUGCAGAAGAAUAUCUAGAAUUAAACGGACCUCGUUUGAAACUCAAAUUAUUAUCAUCUCAAAAACGCAUCCUGUGUACCAGAUUAACUGCCGCAGCAUGGUAUCGUACCUUAAAAUCAAUUGAUCUUCAAAAUGCAUUUCGUUCACUUGGAUAUACAUGGGUUGAUAAUUCAAUCAUUCAACCGAAUCAUAUUAGCUGGUACAAAUUUGAUCCAAAUUCAAUAGAAUCAAAUCAAGAAGAAGCUGAUGAUCAGAAUCACGAGGCAGAAUGCAAUGAACGAACGACAAUUUCAACAAUAAAAAUUCAAAAUAAACAAUUGAUAUUAAAAGACAUGUGGAAAAAUAAAUAA